AUGAAUAAUAGCAACACGUACUUUGAGAUGCAACCGUUUCCGGACGUGGUGGCGAAUUUGGCCGCAGAAAAAGCCAAGAUGUUCAACACCAAGCAGCCGAACAACGGAUUGGGUGGUUAUAACAUGAAAUUUUAUAACUACUAUCAGCAAUCUACGCCAUAUGUCCCACAAAUAUAUGGCAACUGCUUCCAGAAGCAGCGCUAUACACCAUAUCCGAGCCGCAAUUGCACCGGAACCGGCGUUGGCCCUAGCAACUGGGGCGCUACCGCUAAUCAUAGCAACCUGCCGCAGUUGCUUCAUCCGCAGUCUCAGCAAUUGCAAUCGUCCUUCCAGCUAGGAAGCAACGGGAAUAGUCAACAGAUGUCGAGUAAUAAAUCCCUCAACUCGUCGCUGAACAGUAGCAGCUACUCGGACUCCGGCAAGAAUUCCACGUUCUUAAGCAGCCAUAGUGGCUGCAGUAGCCCCCAUCAAAGUACCUACUCCUCGGACAGUGCCAGCAUGACGAGCAGCAACAGUAUGAUCAACACGAGUGGUGGUCCAGGCACCUGUUCAAGUUUAUUUAGCUCCUCCGUAUCACCGAUACCACAGGCACCGGCAUCGCUGCCACCAACGUUGAACGCUGGCGUGCGUACAACCUACAUUUCAUCGGUGGAACAACCCGAGCAAAAGGAGAUGGUUGUGCUGCAGAUUAGCAACUUGGAUGCAUCCAUCGAGGAGCAUAAGAUGCACCAAUUUCUCAUGUGCCAGCUGAAGCCAAUAACGCCGGUCUUAGCACUUACCAUCGAAAGCCCGUCGUUGGCAAAAGUGAAAGUUCCAUCAGCACAGUGUGCCAAACAAGUGGUGGCUAAUCUGCACCGAAAGAAGAUCGGCCACAAGCGUAUGGUUGUGUCCUACAUAAAGGAUCCUUCAUCGGCUGAAUCGUCCGCUCUGCGCUGUCAGGUGGCGGGUCUCCUGAAGGACGUUCCGUUCUACAGCUUGCCGAUUAAUCGCUUUCGUGAGUUGUUUCAAUCGCGCUUCAAGUCGUCGAUUAGCGUGCUCGAUUUGUAUCGCAUGCAGGACGUGUGUACGAUAACCCUCGACAAGAACGAUGAGAAACACAUCUCACUCCAGCCAGCAUUAAUCGAUACGUUGAAGAAUAGCUCGCUAGUAGAGGCUUCACAACACAGCGUCCCUUACUGUAUGUACCAUUUCAAGCAAGAGAAGGAAAAAGGAUGGGCAGAACAAGAGGUUCUGCCAUUACCAAAUGUAAUGAUGAGCAUCAACCAACUGCAGUCACUCGUUUAUUCGCUGCUGAAGUCGCACAAGAACGACAUUCCAGUUGCCAGCGUUCUGUACUGUAUUGAGAGCGAGCUGCAGGUUAAGAUUCUCCCCAACGAUAAUGGAGUGCCACUCGAGCACCUUCUUUGCUGUAUUCGGGGUGUACAAAUCGCGAAUAAUAGCUUCGGAAUAAAGGUACUUUCCUGGAUGGAUCACGAGCAGAAUUCCACCAAGGAUAACGAAGAUGCAUGGUCCACAAAUCUUCGUUACAUGCCGAAAGGCCCAUCAAAUGAAUUUCUACAACAGAUUUCCCGCGAAGUUGUCGAGCUGAUUAAGAUGUCCCCCAAAUCCACUAUGAAAUUUACGCGUUUCAUCCCUGCCUACCACAAUCACUUUGGCAAGCAGUGUCGAGUGGCCGACUAUGGGUACACACGUUUGAUUGAGCUCUUCGAGGCGCUAGCACCGGUAGUGCAAGUGAUGGGAGAUGGUGAAAAUCGACAUAUUACACUGACGCAUCGUACGCAGAUACGGCGCUUCACGAAUGACCUGCUAAAAAUAUUGCGAAACCGAGCGAACAAGUCGAUACUCUUGUCCCAGCUUCCUACGGUGUUUUUACACGUUCAAAAUCGCCCUUUCGACGUCACUGACUAUGGCGUGUGCGAUCUGCUAGACAUGGUGGACGGAUUGGUUUACAGCAACACCAUCAUGACGCAGCUGCACAACGAAAAUGAUGUGAUCAUGUCGAUCGUCAAGCGCAAGCAAACUCUAUCCGAGUUGGAGAAGACAAGUGUUUUUGCCGGCGAAGUGGUAGAGCUGUUCCGUAAGGCUCCUCAGUUCUCAAUCCUCUUUAAGAAGUUUGUCCGGUCAUACCACUAUCAUUUCGGGUACCAGUGUCGUCUUAGCGAUUACGGGUUACUAAAGCUGGCAGACUUAUUGGAGGCAAUCAGCGGAAUCGUCGAGAUGGAACAGACCAACGAUGAAGAUCGCAAAAUCUUUCUCAAUUACCAAGUAGCCAUGCGAAUGUUUGCCGAACAGGUGCAAGAUAUUAUCAAGACUUGCACGGGCAAAUCUUCAACCAUGGUGCGACUAAGCGCCAUCCUCGAAAUUCACAAGAAUCAAUACGGCUAUCAGCUUCAGGCAAGCUGUCUUGGAUUUAGCAACAUAUAUGAUGCAAUUAAGGCGUUACCGUUCACAGAGAUAUUUGAAUCCGGAGGCGAGUUCAUGGUGAUCUCCCAUUUAGAAGAGCCUUCCUUUCGAAUGCGCACGUACGCGGCGUGUGUAGUUUUGAUUGAAUCCCGGAAGGAUCGACUGACCGUAUCUGAGCUGAUACGAGGCUACCAGCAACGGUUCAAAGAGUUCCUGAAUGAAAAACAAAUAAGCGUCAUGAAACACGCUCUGACGAUCGAAAUGGAUAAAGGGACGCAGACGGUGACAAUGACGGCAUUGAUGAGGUUUGUCGUGCGUAUCGUGCAAGCGGUUAAACAGCGAGCACCGAUCAAUGUUUAUGAUCUGAAAAUGGCUUUGAAUGUGUCACUGGGAACGUGCUUUGAAUUAGGUUACCCAAAUUUUCUGACUGUAUUGAAUACGUUUUCGGAUGUGUUUGUGGCCAAUAAUUCUUCUUUCAUCACAGAAAAAAGUGACAUUGAGCUGAAUCGUGACUGCAUUUUAUCGAAACCAUGGUUUGCCAAUGAAGACAAUCCCUCGCAGAUGAGCAGUUCUAUAGGAAGUUCAAUGGCAAAUUUCAAACUUCCAUCAGUAGAUCCUCGUUACCGAAUGCCGGCGAAUUUAUCAGGAGCUGGCGCCUUAAGAAAUCUUGGACCAGUGCGUAACGUAACCAAUAACAAUAUUUCUCAACAGCAGCAGCAGCUUCAAUCGAUGAGAAACGACAAUACAUUGUCUCUGGUCAAAGUAUUGCAGCAACAGCAACAACAGCAACACUAUCAGCCCAUUCACCAGACGCAAACAAUGCAAGGAAUGCAAAAUUCUCUGCAAUAUAAUCAACAAAUACAAUCGUCAAUAGUUCCUUAUUAUGCCAACAAUCGCACGCUUAAUACGGGGGCACCCAAUUCCUACGGGAAUGGAAAUGGCGUAAAUUCAUCGAUGCUCACUCUCCCUCUGGGAAUGGCUUCAACUUUUGGACUUCAAGCCAACGGUCUAGAUGACGCGGGGGACAAGGAAAAUCUAUUUUCAACACAAAAUACUUACGGAAUCCAUGAACCGAUGACGGCAAGCUUAAGCAGUAAAUUUGCUUCUGCCAGUUCACAGGGUCCAUCGCUAGAUGCGUUCCAGAAUGUACCAUUGCUGGCUGCUUCUGCACCAUCGCAAUUCCAUUCCAGUGACAUGGCGGCGUCUAAUCCUAGUACAUCAUCAUUACUAAACUGGAGAGCAAAGGAUGAAAAUAUUACGGCACUAUCACUGCAUCGAAACUCCAUACUGGAGUUGCUUUCAAAGUAUUCAGAACCCCCAAAGCCUGAUACUCCACCACCAACGAAUCUUCCCUACUGGCUCGAUCCGACUUGGACCGAUUCGUUACCCCUUCCAGAAGACUACUCUAUGUGCACUGAUUCUGGAAAAUCUCUCAACAUUCCGAUCCCAGAGCUGAAAACGUUUAGCAACCUUCCGCCACUCGACACACCAAACAUACUACUGUGCGAUAAGCUAUUGCGCUUUACUUUCGAUGAAGAUAAGUAA